CCGGUGCGCGUGCGGUGCCCUCUCUGUCGUUGCUAGGCUCUCCUUAUCCUACGCACACCUCUCUCUCUCUCUCUCACACACUGACUUCGGACUACUAGACUCUUGGCUCUUUGGCUCAAAGCCUCGAGCUUCUUCAAUCUACAGGGCUUUGCGAAGAUACGUCUAAAUCAUGUAUCGGAUUCCAUUCUUCUGUAAUUCGUCAUCCUUUCACUUUCUAGAUCGUCGACAAUCUUUGUUUCUCUCUCCCUCUGAGUUUUGUUCUGCGGAUAGCUUUUUCGACUCUGGUCGUUGUUGCGUGCAGCGAUGUAGACAGAGCUACUACCAGUGACCGCUCUCUCUGCCUCUCUCGCUCUCUCUACCGUUCUCUGCGCGCGCGUCUCUGCUUCGGGGAGAGGUUUAUUAAUUGUCGAAGAAAUGAAUGAGAAUCCGGGGAAAGCGUCGUCGUGUUUGGCCAUUACUACAGAGAAGCGGACGCAUAGGCCUGGUGGUUGUGUUGGGAUUUUCUUUCAGCUUUUUGAUUGGAACCGGAGGUUCGCCAAGAAAAAGCUCUUCUCCAGGAAGCUGCUUCCACCAGUUCGUGCAAAACAAGCUUCUAAGAAGUUUAAAGGGGAUGAGAAGAUGCCCAUUUCCAAGCUCCAUUUGAUUGCUGAUGAAAACAGUGGGGGUUUCCCAAAUGUGAAGAAAAAUGGGAAUCGUAGGGUAGAUUUCGAUAAAAAGCAUGAAAUGCGGGCUCCGGGUUUGGUUGCUAGGCUAAUGGGUCUUGAAUCCAUGCCAGCUGUGCAUCGAGAUAGGCCUAAGAAACCCUCAUUCACCGAUAGUUAUGUUAAUGGAGAGGAGAAAGUUAUGGCUAGUCCCAGUAGGUUUGAUAAGGGGGAGUUGAAUUUGGGGAAGGGAGGUACCAAGCAGGAAUCAAGACCUCAGAAGCUUCAAAAGACUGGGCCGUUUGAGGGACGGGCAGUGACUAGGUUUGGAGCUGAGGCAUUACAAAUUAAGAGUGUUUUGUCAAGGUCAAGAAAGCACCAUAAUCAUCACCCAAAGCUUGCUUCUCCGUUGAAGGGUCCUAGGAUUUCCUCUGGGAGGAAUGUGUCUCGAAGCUCUAGGUUAAUUGGAGCUGCUACUAGGAUUUUGGAACCAGGCCUGCAAGCUACCAGCAGAGCGAAAUGCACUCUUUCUUAUUCAAGUUCUGUGCAUCAUUCUCCCACAGAUGAGAUUGAGACAGAGAGAAUGAGCUUUAUGUCACUGGAUUCAUCGAAGCAAUCUAAUUAUAAUGCGGGCUCAGCCCAGCAUUUGAUGGGGCAGGCAUCUUGUAAAAAUUGUGGUAAUUUGGUGGCCUAUGAACCAAACGUUGGGGAAAAUCCAUCUGCUUUUUUUGCUUCAAAUUUUGUCAAUGCCUCUACUCGGGACUCAGGAUGGAGUAAACCAAGGGCACCAGAAUCCUCCCAUGAGCAAGAAAGAGAGGUGGCUUUUCAUAGAAGCAAGGACCAGGAUGUUCCUCUUGCUGCUAAAUCAAAGGAAAGUUUACGAAUCCAUUAUGAACCAAUUGCAGAAAGACUGCCUCUAUCUCAAGAGGGUCAACGACAAUUGCAUUUAUCGAGCCAAACAUGCAAGCCUAAAAAAGAUGAAUCAUCUUCUGUAGUUUUCAAGCACAUGAUGCAAACAGAGGAUCGUAUGUUGCUAGGGAGGGACAGGAUUCCGCCUAGGGCUAAAGUAAGUAAUCUACAGGGCCAAAGAGUCUCAUCAGCUGGAAAUACUGUUGCUGCGACCAAAGAUUUUGUUGCUUUGAACCGAAGUCUAACUGGUCGAACUAGGCUGAAGCUGCCUACCAAGGUAGACAAUUCCAGGCUUGACGCAGGAAAGAAGGCUUGUAAUGGAAGGGAUGGUUCCUUGCCACAAUUAAGAACUCCAGUGCGGAAAAGGAGAACUAUAAAUUUCAGUGGGCAAACUGAAAGCCCAGGUUUUGUCAGUUCGACGAUUGCGAAAGGGAGAAAUAUUUGCACUGAUGCUUCGACUGGAAAAAGCAUGAGGCUUAAUGCUCACUCCAUGAACCAAAACGGUGUCAGUAGUAGAUUAACAGGUCAGGGAGAUGAAGAGAGAACCAAUGGAAACAAGGAAACUGAUAUUAUUUCUUUUACUUUCAAUUCCCCUGUAAGGCACAAGACUGUAGUUCCAACCAAAAUGGAAGAGAGAAUAAGAAUAAGACAUGAAGAUGAAAGUCUAUCUUUUCAAAAGGCAUUGCCAUUGAGAAGAGAUGCUUUAGGGAUCCUUCUAGAACAAAAAUUGAAGGAAUUAACUUGUCAAGAAGAUAAUGAAUUGACAAAGGGUGCUCCAGCGAAGACAUCUUCUGCUAUGAUUCUCCAGGAGUUAAUAUCUGCCAUGACAGCAGGGCAGCCUUGCUUUCAAGAUGGUCAUAUUUUCAAUAAUGAUAUAGCUUUCGAGACUAAAGCAGAGAUGGAAGGAUUAGUUGGAAGUUCAUGUCAGAUUCAUCAUCUUAGCCCUGGAUCUGUUCUUGAAGCUUCAUUCUCUUCUAGUAGUUUGGAUGAAAGCCCAGUUCCAGGGCAUAGGUUGUGCCCCAACUCCAUGGAUUAUUCCUAUAAUCAGUUACAACCACGGGAAUUCGACACUGAUCUUUUGGAUUCGGCAACCUCAUCUGAUAAAGAGAGGACAGAUUGUGGGAUGGUCGCUGAUUUUGUCAGAAAUGUCACCAAAAUAUUAGAUACCAUGAAUCUUACUGGGGACGGGCUGAUGGGAAUUACGGUCUCUCAAGCGAAGGAGGUAAUCUUAAAUUCUGAACUCUUAUUUGGAGGUGCAAGCCCACAUACCUUAGAUGGAAUGAAAGGCUUUCUUGUUAGUCCCUGUCUCCUUGAUGAACUGGAAUCUUUUGCUCGUGCUGCGUGGACAAAUUACAUUGGCUUUAUUGGUUUGGAGGACACCAAAGAGGGAAAUUACCUUCGGAGACUUCUUUUUGACAUGGUCAUAGAAUGUUUAGACUCAAAAUAUGGUCGAUACUGCAAUUCUGGAUUCAAGACAUGGUCUAGAUUGCCAUUAUGCAUGAGUAGGGAUAAGUUGAUUUUAGAUGUUGCAGAGGAGGUUAGGAGGUGGACUGAUUUGGUUGGGAUGAUCCCAGACGAGAUAAUAGAAUGGGAGAUGGGUCAUUCCUUGGGGAAAUGGACGGAUUUUCAUAUCGAAGUAUUUGAGACUGGUGCCCAAAUCGAUGGGGACAUACUUCAGUUUUUGGUUGAGGAAAUUGUGAUGGACCUGUUGGAUGGCAGGUCAGGUCCCUUCUGAAUUUCAUAUAGGCCCUACAAUUUUUUGAGUUCUUUCCAUUGGGUAAUGUGACUCACCAAAACUUCUCUAUAUGUUAAGUGAAGCAAGAGCUUGUUAAUUGUUGUACAAAUUAAUCAAUGACAUUUAUUGAAGCUGCCUACUGGAUUGAAGAUUAGCACUGUACCUAUACCUGCCUUCUUGAAUCUAACUUGUCUCGAAAUAGUCAGUCUGUAAUGUUUCUUUUUUUUUUUUUGGUCUGUGGUAAUCAAGUAUUUAUUAUGAGGUGAAAAUCCCCUCUGUCAAGAAGCAUGCUUGUCUGGAUUGUUGGCUGUUUGUACUUAUUGUUUGUCUGACCAUUGUUCGUUGUUCAGUCAAAAGGAUCUCCUUUGUUGUUCAGUUA